GUCCGCAUUCCGCCCGGACCAAAGACGCUUCCCGUCGUCGGUAACCACUAUGAGCUGUAUCCCGACCCCCUUGGAAAUUUCGACAGACUCUUUUCACGAUAUGGGCCCAUGAUCAAGACUGUAAACAUGGGAACAACAACUUACCACACCAAUGACCCAGAAAUAUCACGACACAUUUUGCUCGAGGGAGAAUUCUUCACCAAAGCAACAUCCAACCCCUCGCACCCGUUGUACUACCUCAGCGAGCAGAAUGCACUCUUCACCUGUGACACAGCAUCCCCUGCCUUUGCCAUCAGCCACAAAUUUGUUCCACCCGCACUGUCACCCCGCGCCAUAGCUCACCAUGCACCACUCAUCAGAGCAGCAGCGCGGGAUAUUUUCCCCGUCCUCGAUGAGCUCUCCACCAAAGACCUUGCAUUCAACGUCUAUCAAUACAUGUUCAAAAUGGGCGGCCAGGUUAUUUGGCGUGUAGUAGCCGGGCAGGACCUGCAGCAUUUCAAAGCGGUCAACACACCGCCGGCGUUACCAAUCAGGCUGUUUGGGCAAUAUCUGCACCUCAUGAAGAAAGUCUCGCUACGCCCCGCUUGGUACGGACGACUGCCGUUUGGGGAUGCAGCCCGACUUCGUGCAGUGCGCGAUGAACUUUGGGCGGAGAUUGCCAGAGCCCUGAGGGAAUGUGCUUCACCUGACGGGGAGACGCUGUCGCUAUCAGAUCCGACUGCGUCGUUGAAAGCGACAUGUAUUGCUGAUUAUCUCAGCCUGGUUAGAGACGACAAGGGCCAGGGACUACCUGAGGAGGUGCUUUUGGCCAACACUGUGGCGGUGCUGGGUGCUGGUUUCACUACCAGUGCCUCGCUACUGUCAUGGAGUCUCUAUGCGCUAGUAAAAUAUCCAGGCAAUCAAGAGAGGCUCCUGCAAGAGCUAGUCGACCAUGGGGCAGACAGCGAGAAGGACUGGACUUACGACCAGUUGCAUGCCAUGAAGUUUCUCGACUCCUUCAUCAAAGAAACGCAACGGCUCCACAGUCCAAGUUUCCAGACAACGAGAAACGCAAAGAAGGAUCUCAUCUUGCCUGGUGGUUACUUCAUCCCGGAGGGCUCCGUCGUCACGACGUGCUUUCCAAGCCUGCACAAGAAUCCAGCUCACUGGGACAAUCCAUUGAAAUUUGACCCAGACAGGUGGCUCGAGCAGGGGUUUGCUGCCCAGGCAGCUCGCAAGGGGCUUUACACACCCUUUGCUGCGGGUAAGAGAGGAUGUGUGGGGUUUAAUCUGGCACUGGCCGAGGUCAAGAUGGUGUUGGCUGAAUUGGUAUACAACUACAAGUUUGAGGAUGCGUCGCCGGAAGCUGUUGUUUAUGACCCAGAGUUUCUGGUCACUCGGCCACUCAACUUCUAUGCGAGUGCCACGAGGAGGACGGAAUGGCCAUCGAAGAGAGCUGAGUAA